AUGGUAGACAAGAAGGGCUCGAUGGCCAGUGGCCAUCACCACCAUGUUAAGAAUCUGAAACAACAACAGCGAAACAGGAUGCUUGUGGCCGAGAUGGUGGAUCUGGUGGAGGAGAAUGAUCACGAUUCGCUGGCCUUCCUGGCCCGUAACUGCGGUGUACCGCCGCAAUUACGACACAUUGUGUGGCCUAUCCUUCUGAAAUAUCAUCCGAUGUGUAUUUCGCCCAAUAUAGUUUCCAAUGUGGCCACUUGGGACCCAACCGCGAAUUCUUACCGGUUGGUCGAUAGCGAGAGAGGUCAUAAGGGAGAUUCAUCACCAGAAGAUUCAGAAGCUUUGAUUAUGCAUGAUCUUAGGAAAUAUUUUCACUCUAGAAGUAAUGGCAAUGUAAAUGGGUAUGCUACUACAAGUUCGUCCGAAGUCUCCACUCUGAGUUCGAUGGAUACGAGUUUACUGACUGCAGAAGAUGAGUUAGAAGUUCUUGAAGAGUUGAAGAGGGCAGUGAUAAGGUUUCUAGAGAAGUGGGGACAGAUUUUCAAGUACGAGAGUGGGCUUGCGUGGAUUGCAACUGGUUUGGCUGAAUGGGUCCCUGUAAUGGAAAGUAGUCUCGACGAAGGUCCUGUAGUGUUGAAUGGGAAAAAGCAUUCACAUUCUCAUACACCGCCUUUCUCGCAUCCGAGUGGCGCUAAUUCACUUUGUGUGACUCCUACGACGGCAACUGCUCACAAUCAUCUGUGCGUGUCAUACCUUUACAAAGAAUACCCACUACCCAGGAGCCUGAGGCGCAAAUUACCCCGGGAGCCACCUUUCGCAUUCGACCAAAUCUUUGAGCGGUUGGCGCUCGUCAUCUUGCAUUGUCCGGACUCGAUACUGGCACAGAAGCAGCUGGCAUUCCACUCGAACUCCAAAGAAUCUCUAUCAAACUAUUUCCCAAUCAUAUCUGGUGGCGAUCUUUCCUACCAGACCCAAGUCUUCUUUAGAGUCAUUUCUUCUAUCCUGCCAGAACUUUAUCAGCCUUUUACCGAGGAAAGUGUAUUACAGUCGAGUAAUAAGCGAUCGAGCUGGCUUUACUGGUGGAUUAAAUGUUCUGGUGCUAGGGCGCUGCAACGCCAGGAUAGAGCCCGUCUAUGGGAUAUAUUGCUUGGUUGGAGACCAGAACCAAAUAUGAAUUGCAUCAACUUUUACCUCAAUUACAAUACUAAGAAAUUCGAUCACCUUUACAAGAGGCCAUCCAAUAAACAUUUGGAUUUUCUAAAAUCAGUGGCGAAAAAUGAUCCUUUUUGGUUCCCAGAUCUAGACUCGAUACCGUUGGGUUCAGCAAAGUACAAGUUCGAUUACGAAGUUUUGAAAAAAAUCCUUCUCAACAACUGCAAUGGUAAUAAUGCAGACGACCAAACGAACACGAGUGAAGACGGCAUUUCAUACUCGUUAAUAGAUCCUCACCUGCAACUGGUUUUCGUUUAUGUUGCCAUCUUGCAGUACAACGAGUUCAAAUUACUCGAAUUCGAAGAAACCGAGAUAUCGGAGUAUUUGAACAACGUGCCGAUGCUAUCCAAGGCCGACGAUCUGUGCUACCGCAAACUUUACGAGCUCGAUAGUUUAGCGGAUUGCCCAAGCUCUGGAAGUCAAGAAGAUUUACACAAAAGACCUGGGUCGUCCAAUAUGUUGAUUGAAGUCGGAAACGACGCCAAGGCUUCGCACUCUUUUAAUGAUCUUUUAAACAUGGCAGGAGAUAUAUGGAGAAAAUGGCUAUGGAAUGAACUAGAAGAUAGUUCGCUAGAAGAGUAA